UAGAGCUUAGAAUCGCAAGAUGUCCUGUUGCCUUUAAGAACAGAACCCCGUAAGAGCAUGACCUUGAUGACGGAGAAUCUUCUUAUAUUAACCCCCUGGACUGUUUGCCAGCAUAAUAUACGCUUUUGAUGAACUCUUCUGCCGUUAAAUCAGGCUAAAUGAAUGACAGAGACACGGUGGUGGUUACAGGGUUCGGCCCAUUUAAAGAGUUCCUAGUGAAUCCCAGCUGGAAAGCAGCUCAGGCGUUGAAGGAAGCUGGACUGGGAGAGAAGUUUGAAGUUCACAGCAUGGAGGUGCCAGUGAGCUAUGUUAAGACCCAGCAGAUUAUCACUGAACUCUGGCAAAGCCUUAAACCGAAGUUUGCUGUCCAUCUGGGCAUUGCCAGAGGUUCCAGGGUUUUGCUGCUGGAGCAAUCCGGGAGGAACAGGGGCUUCAAAGACAGAGAUGUGUGUGGCUUCUGCCCCCAAAGCUGCAUGGAAGGUGGUCCAGAAAAACUGCACUCCAUCAUCAACAUGAGGGCUGUUUCAAAGCACAUCAAAGACACAGAGAUGGAUGUCCUUCCUUCAGCAGAUGCUGGAAGGUUUUUGUGUGAUUUUGCAUAUUAUUGCUCUCUGCAUCAUGGCCAUCAGAGAGCAGCUUUCAUCCACAUCCCCUCAUCCGGCUGCCUUGCAUCAGCGGACAGAUUGGUGCCCGUUCUGCGACCGUCAUCCUCACCAUGCUCCAACAACUGGAGGACGGCGAGGAGUAAAACCACUUCCGCAGCCUGAAGAGGAACUAUCUAACUCUCCUGAAUAGCAUGAAGCAUCUCCAAGGAUCUUGCUCGUCACCAGGAGAAUGCUGUCCACUUUCACGUCUUUUCCUUUCCACGGCCACUUGUGUAAAUUUCAUAAAAUGCUCCAGUAAAUCCUCAUUUCUU